UAUAUAAAUCCAAGUCUUUGUUCUGAUGUGCAGUGUUAGAUUGAAUCAUUUAUUCAAAAUAUUUUUUUCCAAGAACAUCGAUCACAGGCAAAACUCAAGAAGAUGCUGCUGAAAUUGUUCUUGUGUUUGCUAGGUGUCGGCCUGUGUGCCUGCCAGAAAGUGAAUAUCGAGUCUCGUAUUAUCAAAGGCAACGAUGCUAAGAAAUGUGAAUUCCCUUGGAUGGCCUUCAUCCAUAGUAGAGUCCGAGAAAUUGGAUGCGGGGGCUCUAUCAUUGACAGCACCCAUAUUCUGACCGCCGCCCACUGUGUGUUAUACCCCAACAAAACCACGGAACCAAGUGCCGACCUUGAUGUAUAUUUUGGGGCCUCAGCUCUAGAAGAAGCGAAAAAAUUACAAGUUAAAACGGUCACACCUCACGAAAAAUACAGCUUUAAAACAAAUGAAAACGAUGUUGCCAUACUGACUCUCGCAUCGCCAAUUACUUUUAACGACUGCACUAAACCGAUAUCUUUGGUAAAUGCCACCACAAAAUUGCCAAACACAACUUGCACGAUCAUGGGCUGGGGAGCUACUACUGAUUCUGAAAAAGAUCCAGGUACUAACAGUCUCAAGUAUGCGACGAUGAUCAUUCUUAACGACAGGGAGUGCCAACAAUACUACGGUUACACCCUACCAUCAUCUAUUUUCUGCGCUAGAGGAAUGGGUCGUUCAGACGCUUGCUAUGGGGACUCUGGUGGACCACUGGUCUGUAAAGAGAGUAAUGGAAAGUAUUUUGUCUAUGGCGUUGUGUCGAGCGGCUAUGAAUGUGACAGUAUUGCUGGCUUCUACAUGAAAGUGUCCAGUUUCAUUACAUGGAUCCAGAGCAAAAUCAGCAAUUGAAAACAAUGAAAAAAAAAACCAGAUAUUUACAUCAUCGGUUAUAUAUUUUUAAUUUAACGAGAUAUCUGAUUUUAUUUUAAUAGGAAAAUUAUGUAAACAAAUUUAGAGCAUUUUUUUACAUUAAAAAGAAACGUGAGAAUUCGCUCUAAAAAAAUAGUUUAUUAAAGUGAGAUUAUAUCAUUAAACCCAAA